CGCUUCAUCAUGGCUGCAACCACCGUCGCGCUGCUUCUGCUGCUCUCGCUGCUGCUCGCUUCGACUCCAGCUCAGGGGAGCGAGGUCUACAGUGCGUCGACGACCUCCUUGGCCCCGGAUGCAGAGGACAACGGCCCGAUCGCCAUGUUCCACGCCAAACACGCUCGCAUGCUGGUGCACGAGAACGUGUGGGGCAUCAUGGCUACAACUUCUGUCACCUUCCAGGGCUCAGCGUUCGCCAACGUCGUGUCGUACAGCGAUGGGGUUGGUUUCGCCAAGGAAGACGCCACGGGCACCAUGUUCUUCUACCUCUCGGCUGAGGAUCUCACAGCGGUGGAUUUGAAGGCGAACGCCAACGCGACGAUGGCGCUCUCCAAAGCUCAGGGAGGAGCCAAAGCCUGCCUCAUGGACCCGGAAGACCCAACGUGCUGGCGGCUCUCCUUGACAGGGAGAGUGGUGCCAGUCGAGCAGAGUCAGCGUAGCUAUGCGGAACGCGUGGUAUUCUCAAAGCAUCCGCAGAUGAAGCACUGGCCGAAGAACCACGGCUUCGCGCUGUACGUGCUGGAGAUCGAGCAUCUGGUUUUCCUGGAUUUCUAUGGUGCCGCGAAGCACAUUGCCGUCAGUGACUAUUACAAGGUCAAGCUGUAGGGCGAGAGGAUAGUCUACACCGCCAGGCAGCAGGAUAGGCCUUGC